CCAUCCCCGUUUCCGACUGACCUUUCAACCGAAAACGUCAAAACAUCUUCCCAGGUAAAGCAGUCCACAUCCGUAGAUCGCAGGGCAAGAGGGUAACAAACGACACGUGACGUUUUCCAGAGGCCACCUGUCGCCAGUUCGAGCUAACUUGUCUUCGACGGUUCAAUCCGUCCUACGUAGCCCGCGGUCGUUGACUUUCCUGUUCCCUCCAUCUCCUUCUUCUUCUUCUUCUUUACCUUCUCGUCAAAUCCACCCAGAAGAUUUGGUGCCACCACCCUCGAACCGCAGGUGAAGCGGGAGCGUUCCGCUCUUGAAUAUUUUGCCUACUUCUCAGGGCUGGAGCUUCGCUGUGAACCCAUCAAGAAAGUGGCCCUGUUUUCUUGCGAUCUUCGCUUUCGGUCCUCGAAGUAGGAGCAGCAGCAGUAGCAGCAGGAGGAGGAGGAGGAUAGGGAGAAGAAAAUGAGUUACAGGGAAGAUAGCGAGGAUAGCGGGAGCGGGAGAGACAUCCGGAAGCCGCUGCUCAACACUGGGAACUGGUACAGGAUGAGCUCGCGGCAGUCCACGACGGCGAACCUGGGCUCGUCGGCGCAGAUCAUUCGGGACGGCUCCGUCUCCGUCAUUCUCUGCGUCCUCAUCGUGGCGCUGGGCCCUAUUCAGUUUGGUUUCACGUGUGGGUAUUCGUCCCCGACAGAGGAAGACAUCAUCAGCGACCUAAGCCUUUCGCUUUCGGAGUUCUCAGUAUUUGGCUCCUUGGCUAAUGUUGGUGCUAUGGUCGGGGCAAUUGCAAGCGGCCAGAUUGCAGAGUAUAUUGGCCGAAAAGGGUCACUGAUGAUUGCUGCAAUCCCCAAUGUAAUUGGAUGGUUCAUCAUCUCUUUUUCCAAAGACGUUUCGUUUUUAUACCUGGGAAGGUUGUUGGAGGGAUUUGGCGUGGGCGUCAUCUCCUAUACGGUGCCAGUAUACAUCGCCGAGAUAUCACCUCAAAACAUGAGAGGAACUCUUGGAUCCGUGAAUCAGCUAUCAGUCACUAUGGGAAUUCUGCUGGCUUAUGUGUUGGGAAUGUUUUUCAGCUGGAGAGUGCUAGCAAUUUUAGGAGCUUUGCCUUGCUUGGUGUUGAUCCCUGGCUUAUUUUUCAUACCAGAGUCUCCUAGGUGGCUGGCCAAAAUGGGGUUUACAGAUGAAUUUGAAGCGUCUUUACUAGUUUUACGGGGUUUUGAUGCUGAUAUUUCCUCUGAAGUGAGCGAAAUUAAGAAAUCUGUUUCAUCUUCAAGCAAAAGAACCACAAUCAGGUUUGCUGAUCUCAAGAGGAAGAGAUAUUGGUUUCCUCUGAUGGUUGGAAUUGGAUUGCUUGUGCUUCAGCAACUCACUGGCAUCAAUGGUGUCUUAUUCUAUUCCACCAAGAUUUUUGAGAGCGCUGGAGUUUCAUCAAGCAAUGCUGCAACAGUUGGCCUCGGGGCAAUCCAGGUUGUGGCCACUGGAGUAGCUGUAUGGCUGAUGGACAAAGCCGGUCGCAGGCUGCUUCUUAUUAUUUCGUCUGUCGGGAUGGCUAUCAGCCUUCUUAUUGUUUCAGUUGCCUUCUAUCUAGAGGAUGUUGUAUCAGAAGAAUCCCGAGUGUAUAGCAUAUUGGGAAUAAUGUCACUGGUUGGGCUUGUGGUUCUUAUAAUUUCAUACUCUCUAGGGGUGGGAGCAAUUCCUUGGCUUAUAAUGUCUGAGAUACUUCCUGUGGACAUUAAGGGUCUUGCUGGGAGCGUAGCAACAUUAGCAAAUUGGUUCUUUUCCUGGGCAAUCACAAUGAGCGAGAAUUUGCUGUUGGAUUGGAGCACGGGAGGGACUUUCUCUAUCUUCACCGUGACGACCACCCUCAUGGUUGCUUUCGUGACGUUUUUUGUUCCCGAGACGAAGGGAAGAACGCUGGAGGAGAUUCAGUCCUCAUUUAGAUGAUCGGUUUUGCAAAAGCUUGUUCGCUUUCGUGUGGCAUCAAUGCUUUGUCGUAGUACAUUUAGUUCUACGGUUUUCCCUUUCGGAGUUGUUGGAAAACUAGUAACGAAGAAAAUCGAAAUCCGAGAAAAAGAAACAUAUUCGCA